AAUGAUGGUGUCAUGGUCUCUUGAGUACCUGUAUCAUAACGGAUUUUGUGGACAGACCAGUGUAGUUUGGGUGUAAGUGCGAAGUAAAACGUACAGCGUUGAUCUAAUUAAAGAUGUCACACAGUCGUUCUACCGCUCACAUCUUCUCAUCCAAUAACCAUUCGUGCACUUCGCUGGUCAACAACGGCUUGGCUCCUGACUCCACCACGUCAUCUUCCAGUACCCUGCCCGGUCACAUUCCCCAGAUGGAAGGAGGACUGUAUGGGUAUUCGAUGGGGUCUCAGGGACUGUCCAGGACAAGUGAUAGGAGCGGAGAGUCCAUGAUGGGCAUGGCAUAUUUGCCCUAUUCUAAUAAUUCAAACUCAACAAUGGAAAGACCAGCACAGCACAGUCAUGUUAUACAACAGGAGUUUCCUCAGUUCCUUCUUCCUCCUCCUCCGUCUACAUUUCGGCAGCCAGGCCAGAAGAGAGGCCUGAGUAAGGAUAGCAUGGAGUACCGCCUGAGGCGCGAGCGCAACAACAUCGCUGUGAGGAAGAGCCGAGAUAAAGCUCGUCGCCGCAUCCAGCUCACCCAGCAAAAGGCCUUGGAGCUUCAGGAAGAAAAUCACAGGCUACUACUACACAUCGAACAGCUUAGCCAUGAGGUGGACAUGCUCAGUCGCUAUCUCUCUCAGCGCCACCUACAAAGCAAAGUCAAUGACGUAGAAGAGAACUUAGAAAAUCACUUACCUAAAUUAUCAGGUUAGUGAACCUGAUUACAUGAACACAUAAUGAUUAAAUAUAAAGACUGUAAGAUUAUAAUGUUAAAUUUGCGAAUACGCUUGGUUUAUAUAGCAACAGGAUAAUCUGCAAAACUAUAUUCAAAAAAUGAUUCUGAAAUGAAGUUAGGAUAGCUAAAUUAAGUAUCUUGUUAUUAUGAUCUCUCAUAUUAUUAAAGAGCUUUCUAGAAAUGAAAAAUGGCACACUUUGUCAAUUUCUGUAGUCUUUAUUGUAAUAUUUUAAGUAAGUUAAAAACUAACUCAAGUCCCGAAAGCAUUGUAAGGAUGGCCAUUUAGAGGGAUUUGGUUAUCAGGUCAAUGCAGUUGCCUUAUAAUUUUUUUCCACCUCUAUUGUGUAAUGUAUUGUAUACUAUAGUUACAACAUAUUUCACUAAUUAUUGCAGCAUUAUUGUGGUAGAAGUUAAUUUAACUAAUUUGAAGAGAAUGUUACAUACAAAGGUCCUUCAUCAGCUUUGCAAGUGAUCUUUUUGCAAGUCUUUCUGUCUCUGUUUACUAACAAGCGUAGAAUUUUAUAUCAAUUUUGUCAUUUUUUUCCCCCCGAUUCAUUCAAGAACCAUAUAUAUAUGUCAGAGUUUUGACAGGAAACUUUCAGUGAACAUUAUGGUAACUUAUCAUUAAAGCAUAUAACAAGAGUGGAGGGAAAAUAUCCAACAAGUCGCAAAGGAUAAAAAAAAGUCCUGAGAGGCAACUAAAAUUAUUCCACUCUUAUAUGAUAUUUUUUUUAUUACCAAUAUAAUUUUUUACAAUUAUUACUUAUUAGUAAUGUGAAUACAACUGUAAAGCUCUUUAUUAAUGCCUUGUUAAGUAAGUGUAAGUAAUCUUCUGCAUUGAACUUCUAUUUCAUAUAAAUAAUGUAUAUUUCAGGGUAAUUACGGACAUGUAUAUACUUCAGAAAUUGUACAUGAUACAUGAACCUACUGCACACACAAGGGGACAAGAACAAAGACAAAAUAAUGAACUUUGGAUUAUUUUUUAGAUGUUUUUGUGCUAUAAGGUGAAAUAAAUAAAGGUCACUUUA